AAUGGAUAAUGAAAUACAUGAGAGUUACAGUAAGGAUGAGAUAGUCUGGGCAAAAAUAAGAGGAUGUAAGUGGUAUAUAUUAUUUUAGACCCCUGGUGGCCUGGAAUUAUAGCUGAAGUGAUAAAAGAUAAAUAGUCAUCAGAACCUACAAAAUAUCUUGUUAAUUUUAUUGGAGAUAACUCACAGUAUGAUUAACCUUUGAAUAGAAGUUCCACAUUACCUUAUUAAAGUCUUGCCAAAUAUUAGGAGAAGUAUGAGGAAAUAGUUUAAAAAAUCAAAACUAAGCAACACAAGGAUUCGGUUACAGCAGCAGAUUAAAUUUUGAAAGGAUAAUCAACAUAUGAUAGUAUUUAAAUUUUGAUAUUAGUUGAAUCAAAAAAAAUUUCAAAAAAAAAGAAUUUCACUAAAACAGUCAGUAAGCGUAAAAGUACAAGAUCAUCUUCUAGUGAGGAACAUAGUGGUAUUUAUGGAUCAUCCAGAAAAUCAAAGAUGGAUUCUGAAGAUAUCACUAAACCUGAUAAUUUUAGUUAAGAGAUAUAAGAAUUAUUGAAAUUGAUAACAGAGAGUAAAUUGAAUCCACUUUAAAUAGAAACUAAAAUAUCAAGUGUAUGAUAAAUAAUUAAAAUUAAUAGUUGAUUCAAAUUGUUGAUUUAGAUAGACCAGAUAUAAUUGAAAUUCUAUAAGGACCAAAUGGAAAAUUUUUAAUGUAGAUAUAAGCACGAUUAACUGAUAAAAAGAAUCUUUCUUAAGCUUAGAUAGAUUUUACUCAAUUCCUUGAGAAAUUAAAAUCAAUUGUAUUAAGAACGGUAAUACAAAAAUGAAUAAUCUAGUUUUUUACAGUAUUUUGAUCCAACCGAAAUCAUCCAGUAAUUACAUUAAGUAUCAGGUCAAAAGAAGAUCACUUAAAAGUUAUUAGAGAAAUUAUCAAAUCAACCAAAUUUUAUUUUGGAUUGUAUAUAUAUAUUCAAUAUAAAUUUAAAGCUGAAGAUGAUAGUGAAUAAUCAGAUUCAGAUGAAAGUGAUGGAUAAAGUGAUGAAGAUGAAUCAAGUGAAGAAUGUGUGAAAAAGGGAAAAUAUUAGAGAUAAAUUCCUAUUUCAAAACCAAUAAUUAGAAAAAAAAAUAUAUAAACACAAUCACCUAAGAAACCUAGAAAAUAAAGUUAAGAUAUUCCCAAUCCUUUAUAAAAAAAUAAAGUAGUAUAGAAAAUCUCUGAAACUAUUUCAGAAUAUACUGAUUAAAGUAUUCCAAAAAGGAUAAGUGAAGAUAUAGAAAGUAGAAUUAGAUAAUGUGAUUCAAAUAUGGGAUUUGUAUAUAAGAAAAAAUAUCGUACAAUUCUCGAAAAUAUUAAAGUAUGAAUGUUUAAUCAUUUUAGAAAUCACAUAAAUAAGACUUAAUCAAUUUGUUAUAAAAUAGUUCAAAUUCAGAAUAGUUAUGGAGUAAAUAUAUAUUUUUAUCAUAUAGAUUAUUUGAAUGGUCAUAACUAAAGUAUGAACCAGAGCGGCAAUAAGCAAAAUGAUUAUGAAUAAUAAUAUUCAUGA